CAUUCUUUUUAACUUCCUCGUUGAAACUGAAAGCGUUUUGGAAGUCUGUCAAACUUCAAGAAAACCGUCAACGCUUUCUUUUCUGUUCUUUUCAAGUUGCUUUGCGAGAAACUGCUUCAAGCCAAACCGCUUAAACGUCGUCCUUUUCUAAAUGUGAAGGUGUGCAGGCUAGGACCUAUCUCGGCAGGUUCUACUUCUGGCUCUGCUCAACAUGGACCUCAGUAAACUUCAUGAGAUUGAUGAGGGGCUGACAAAGAGUGAGGUCGCAGCACUGAAGUUUCUCUGCAUGGACCACCUCGGCAGGAAACGGCUGGAGACCGUCAAGGAUGCGAAAGACCUGUUCCUCCGGCUCUCGGAGCAAGCCUUGCUUGAUGAUGAACUCUUCCUCUCUGACUUGCUCUACACUAUUGGCCGCUAUGACUUACUUCCCAUCCUGGGCACUAACAAAAAUAAUGUCAGCAGGUUGUUGCAAAUUCAGAGCUCUGGUGUUUCAGCGUACAGGAAGAUGCUCUAUCAGCUAUCUGAAGACGUAACAGAUGAAAACCUUCAUAACAUAAAGUUCCUUCUGAACAACCUACCUAAAGCAAAACUGGCUUCUGCUACAUUUCUGGACGUCCUGGCUGAGAUGGAGAAAAUGGAAUUGCUUGGAGAAGACAAACUGGAUGAACUAGAGAAUGUUCUGAGUAAAUGCAGUAAAGAGCUCGCUUAUAAGGUACAGACAUUCAAAAGCACAAGUGGGACCAGGGAACUUGAUCGCAUGUCAAGACCAGAAGAAGGCACUCGUCUGUCUGUACCACAUCAGGAGGUACUCAUCAGUCUGCCUAAUAUGUCCAUAGCAGAAACACACCCACAGUGGACGGGUUCCUUGUCUCGGAGUGAGAUUACAGUGGACACAGAUUCACGUGGAAGGCCAGUCUCCAGAACGGCUGCAAUCGAUGAGGAUGACUAUUAUCCCAUGACCCAGCGGCCUUUAGGACACUGUCUGAUUAUUAACAACUACAACUUUGAAAAGACUUUUAAACUCAACAAUAGGAAAGGGACGGAUGCAGACAAAGCUGCAUUAACAAAUGUUUUUGGGAGGAUGCAUUUCUCAGUGGAAGCGAGAAGAGAUCUUACAAGUUCAGACAUGCUGAACACAGUGAAGGAGUUUUCAGAAAAGGAUCACUCCAGAAUGGAUGCCUUCGUGUGCUGCAUCCUCUCACAUGGUGAGAAGGGUACCGUGCUAGGGACUGACGGCAAAUCUGUUCUGAUCCGUGAACUCACUCAACCGUUUGCCCGCUGCUCGACACUCACGGGCAAGCCCAAACUCUUCUUCAUCCAGGCGUGUCAGGGUAAUGAGCUGCAGCUGGGUGUGUUGAGGCAAGAUGGACCUGAAGAGGGUGAGUAUGAGGAAGAUGCUGAAAAAGCUGAUCCCCCCCGUGUCCCUGUUGAAGCAGACUUCCUGAUUGGGAUGGCAACUGUAGAGUCCUACAAGUCUUUCCGUCACACAAAAGAAGGAUCCAUUUUCAUCCAAGAGUUGUGCAAACACCUGAAGGAAGGCUGUCCCAAGAAUGAAGACAUCCUGUCAAUUAUGACAAAGGUGAACCGCAGCGUGAGCGCCAGAGAGUUAAACAAACACAAGCAGAUGCCUGAGCCUCGCUACACUCUUACCAAGAAACUACUGCUACCCAUGGAUUGAGCUAGAAAGCCUUUUGUGAUCAGUCUUUGUCUUCCGUUACACCUUAUUAGCCUUAAUUUUCCAUUAAACUCAAUCAUCAUGUAGAUUUUGGGGCACUCAGGUUAAUUGGCCAACUGGCCAUGUGA